AUGCUGGACCUCGUCGCGCUGAGCCUCCAUUUCCUCCUCUGUUUCCUCGUCGCCCUCGCGAUUUGGCGUGGACCCAAGGAUGGGGAUUUGUGCAGCUCAAGCGCAGGACCGGCUGAGAAGGAGCCAGAUGGUCUUAUAUUUAUUGGCAAAGAGGAUGACAUAAAGGCGUCCCGAAGAGCAACGGCCAAAGUCAGUGGCAGAGAAGCUGUCGUUUUCUACCACGAAGGGAAAUUUCACGCUAUGGACUCUCGCUGCUACCAUGAAGGAGGCCCUCUGCAUCUUGGAGAAAUAGAGGAUAUCGAUGGUCAAGCGUGCGUUACUUGUCCCUGGCAUAAGUUUAAAAUUGUUUUGGAAACAGGGGAAGGACUGUAUGAAGGAAUAAACCCCUUGGAGCCAUCACCAGCACCGCGGUGGCAAUCAAAAGGAGUCAAACAAAGGAUCCACAAGGUCACAAUAGACAAUGGAAACGUGUAUGUGAGCCCUCCCGAUUUGUCUGUCAGCUUCGACUCUGAUUAUUUUGCUGACAAGUACAAAAAUAACGGGGAUUUAGCCACGGGAAAACAAAGCGGCCCACGAGCAGCGCAGAAAGUUGUGGCCAGCGAGCAGGAUCCUGGGGAAUGCCUCGACGAAGAGCAAUUGUCGUGA